AUGGCAGCCCCAAGCACUACGCAUUCUAGAUUCCUUCCUUCGGAAAAUCAACUCGGGGUCGUUGCUGUAGGCUUCUCUGGCGGUCAGCCCAAACCUGGUGUUGAAGCAGCACCUCUAGCUCUCAUCAAAUCUGGCCUCCUCGAUUCAUUGCGCAAUGACCUCGAGUUUGUUGUACACCACGAUAACCAAGUCCAUGACUUUGCGGGGCAUUUUCCUGCUUCAGACCCUCCUCUCACGAUCUCCAAUGCCCGUGUACCUAUGCUCAAUUCCCUCACGGUAUCCAAUGUGACACGUGCCAUUUCUGCCCAGGUUUAUGAACAUGCUUCGAAGGGCCGCCUCGUACUCACCCUUGGAGGGGACCAUUCCAUCGCUGUUGGAUCUAUUGCAGGCACCGCAAAGGCUAUUCGUGAGCGCCAUGACGGAAGGGAAAUUGCUGUAGUCUGGGUUGAUGCUCACACUGAUAUCAAUACGCCCGAGACUUCGGGGUCAGGAAAUAUCCACGGAAUGCCUGUUGCGUUUAUUUCAGGCCUUGCAAAACCUCCGAGGGAAAACCCUGACGUCUUUGGAUGGAUAAAGAAGCAUCAUAUGAUCAAUAUUUCAAGACUCGUAUACAUUGGUUUGAGGGAUGUUGAUCCGGGCGAGAAAGUCAUCCUGCAUGAGAAUGGUAUUCGUGCAUUCAGUAUGCAUGAUGUUGAUAAGUACGGUAUUGGUAAGGUUAUGGACAUGGCACUGGAUUAUCUGAACUGUGGUCCAGGGCAGGAAGGAAUGCCGAUACACCUGAGUUUCGAUGUUGAUGCUUUGGAUCCUGUCUUCGCCCCGAGUACAGGGACACCCGUCCGUGGUGGCCUGACACUGAGAGAAGGCGAUUUUAUCUGCGAAAGUAUCCAUGAGACUGGUUGUCUUGUUGCAAUGGAUUUGGUUGAGGUCAAUCCCCUAUUGGGUGAGAGCGAUCUCGCCAGAAAGGAGACUAUCCGCUCAGGGUGUAGCUUAGUACGCUGUGCCUUGGGCGAAAGCUUACUUUGA